AUGGCGGCGCCCGCGGGGCACGGGCCGGCGCGGACCCUCGCGGCCGCCGGCGCGGCGGGCAUGGGAGCGGGGCGGCGCCGCGUCCGUCCCUCCGUCUGUCCGUCCGUCCGUCCGUCCGCCCGCGAGCGCGCGCGUGGCGCCGCCGCCUCCCCUUUGUCUCCCCUCAGUCACACGGGCGGCGAGGGCGGAGGCUGGAAGGGCCCGGAAUGUGACGGGGGGGAGGCUCGCUCAGUCACGUUGUGGAAAAUGUCCCCGCCAUCGUCGCCGCCGCCCCCGCCCCCUCGCUCGCCCGUCUGUCUGUCCGUCCGUCCGUCCGUCCGCCCUCCCGCGGGACCCUCGGCCGGUGGGCGGAGGGCGGAGGGCGGAGGCCGAACGCGCACGCGCGGGCGGGGUGGAGGGUGGCCGGCCGCGGGAGACGCCGCGGGGAAACGCCGAAACCACUGCGGCGCCCGCCCGGCCCGCCUCAGCGCUCCCCCCGCCGCCGUCUCCGCCCGCCGCCGCCGCCGCCGCCGCCUCCCGAGUCUUCCUCCCGCCGACGGCGAAGGCGGCAGUGCGACAAGUCGUGGGUCCCAGGCUCUGAGUGCCUGCCUCAGCGGGGAUGCCCUUGGAUUGCCGCCCCCUCAGCCGGCCCCCCUCGGCCGCCCCCGCAGCCGCCGCCGCCGCCGCUGCGGUGUUCCGGCUGCGGCACGGGACGCAGCGAGCCGACGCGGGCACUGA